AUGUCCGAGGACGACGAUUGGAAAUCGCUCCCAACUAUUGGAAAGGUGCAGCACGCGCAAUGGAAAGCUCGAGUACAAGGAUACACGGAGGCGGUGAAGCUAUUUUCCUCACAGACCUCCGAAAAUGCUCCUAUCUUUAAUGAAUAUGUGGGUCUUAUGAAGAAGUUCGUCAUGGACUCGAACGCUAUAGCACAAGAGUCUGCCAUGGAUGCCGUUCUUGCAUUCGUGGAGAACGCAAGUGUAGCCACAAAAUGCGCGUCAGACUUAUGCACCGCUUUAGUGACCAAAGGUCUCAGUGCAACUCGCGCAAAAACUAAGGAGAAGGCUGUUGAAUGUUUAAUGCAGUUGGUCGAACUGGAACGUCACGAGACGGUUUGUGAGGAGCUGCUCAAGGGAUUGGGGAACAAGAAUCCCAAACUCGUUGCCGUAUGUUUGCAGACUCUACGAGAAAUUUUAAGCCUCUUUGGACCAAAAGUUAUUUCCCUCAAACCUUUAGUCAAGGAAUUUUCGCGUCUGUUUGAUGAUCGCGAUAAGAACGUCAGGAACGAGACCAAAAAUGUGGUCGUUGAAAUUUACCGUUGGAUCGGACAAGGAAAUAAGUCUUUACUAGCUGAUCUGAAGCCUGUUGUGGUUUCUGAAAUUACGGCGCUCCUGAAUGACCUUCCACCGGAAAAGCCCGUUCCGCAGCGCUUUCUUCGAAGUCAGCGACCAAUGCCCGAAGCUUCUUCACAUUCAGAGGCUGGUAAAGACAGCGGUUCCGCUGCUACUGAUCCCGAGUACUCUGCGGCUCUCGAUGAGCAGCUGGAUCCGGACGAAUUCAUCAAGCCUGUAGAAGUUUUGUCAAGAAUUCCAAACGAUUUCUGGACUUUAAUUACAGAGAAAAAGUGGCAAGAUCGUCAACAGGCGCUCGAGUCUGUUCUACAAUUGACCAACGUACCUCGCAUUGUUCCAGGGGAUUUCGGGGAACUUGUUCGAACCUUGUUGAACGUACUAAACAAGGAUACCAACGUAGUCCUGGUCACUUUAGCUGCCAAAAUUCUGGGUCAGUUGGCCAACGGUCUUAAGAAAAAGUUUUCCCCGUACGCACAACAGACAGUGACAUCUUGCCUUGCCAAAUUCAAGGACCGAAAGCCCACUCUUGUCGCCGCACUAAGAGAUACCAUAGAUGCUGCCGCUCGCUCGGUCACUUUGGACACCAUUGUGGAAGACGUGGUUGCUGCGUUGGCUCAUAAGACUCCUGGCGUGCGCGCUGAGGCGGCGUUGUUUCUGGAUCGCGCGUUCGCUCGAUGCACACCGGCUGUUUUGACCAAGAAACUGCUGAAGGCAUUCACUGUCCCCCUGUGUGAGACCUCCAAGGAUACGGUUGGCGAUGUGCGUGAGAACAGUUUUUCCGCCCUCGGGACCGCCAUGAAGGUCGUGGGGGCCAAACAAAUCGAACCUUUCUUGAAUGAUUUGGAUGCGUUACGCAUGGGCAAGAUAAAGGAAUAUUGCGAAAAGGCGACUCAACAACAGCCCCCAGCUCCAGCGAAACCGGCCUCAGCUGCACCACCCACUACCACAGGCACGAUGGCUCCUAAGCCACUACGUCGAGCAGCUCCUCCAUCACAGAAACCAGCAGCGGCCGUGCCGGACGACGAGCCAUCCGAUCGCACUGACGGUGGAGACACUACCACUCAAAGCUCCGCUGCUCCUCCAAGUCCUAAACGAAAGCCCGCAAAGGUCACCGUGGUUAAGGAGACGUUACUUCCGGAUGACCCAUCUCAUCAGGAGGCGUGUGACUUGGUGUUACCUCCGGAUGUCCUUGGCCUCCUAGCCAGCAAAUCUUGGAAAGAACGCCAGCAGGCCCUGAACGAUUUGCAGCAAGCCAUCCGAGCGGCGAAGAACAUCGGAGGUAGCAAUGGUGUCCUGGAAGAAGCCCUGACAGCCGUCGCCAAAGUGUGCACUGAUGCCAACAAAAUAUUGAGCAAAGCUGCCGUUGUGUUGCUUGGCGAGAUCGCACAAGCACUCCCUGGAGCUGAGGCUGCAAGACAUCUCAAUUUCUCUGACCUCCUUUUCCUCCUCUUCGUCGUUCAGCUUGAGAAUGCUUACCUGCGAUCGGAGCUACUCCGCUGGCUUACUGGGGUUUUGACGGAUCUGCCAGCGAACUAUGGAAAGCAAUUACCAUCGGAAUUCGCCCCAAACCUGAUGCCUCACAUAUUCUCGUCAAUGGAGGACCGCAACCCGGACGCGCGUAAACACGCCCAACUAGCUGUACCGCAGCUGAUUCGCGUACUUGGUUGGGAUGCAGUUUCCAAGGCGGCGAACCGAUUAAAAGCCACAUCCAAGGACACGGUGAUGCCUCAUUUGGAAAAGGCUCGCGAAUCUGUGGCUGCCGCCGUUCAAGAGUCUGCAGCUACCACCACGUCGUCCAAGACAGCUGCAGUCAAGAAAGUGGUUCGAGGGAAGAAGCAAGAGUCUAUCACUUCCUUACCCACUACUGAUGCAGAAGACAACAGCUCCAGUCCUCCAUCCACUGCUCCUCCCGCGCGCAGUGGCAGACGCAAGACAGAAGUUAAGAAGGGAGCUACAGUAGCUCCACCUCCAGCUUCAAAAGUAGCUGACGAACCUCCCGCUUCUACAUGCAUUUUGCAGGCCAACAAAGCGGCUAAGGCUGCUCGCUUGGCAGACGAGAAAAAGCGCAAGCUGCUCAAAUGGGACUUCGAUACCCCUUCCCGUGACCACGUGCAACAACUAAACCAAUUAUUUCUCGCUGCCGGUGCUUCCCCCGAUUUCCAUGCUUUGAUCUUCCACGCGGACUUUAAGCAACACGUGAAGGGUAUCGAUCAGCUCACUCAACUCCUGGACAGUGCGGAAGGCGAAGAGGCCACUGUCGUCAACAUCGACUUGAUUUUGCGAUGGAUCGUGCUGCGGUUUUUCGAAACCAAUCCGGUCGUGGUCGGACGAUGCCUUGAUUAUUUAACCAAACUGUUCUCUCGGUUGAGUGAAUCUGGUUUUGCUCUUUCUGAAUAUGAAGCGGCCGCUUUCCUCCCAUAUCUGGUCAUGAAGGCCGGUGACGCCAAGGAUGCGGUUCGGCAGUCCGUUCGUGGUCUGUUCAAGCUGAUUGUCAACUGUUACCCUCCCGCUCGACUGUUCGUCUUCUUGUCCAACGGAAUUCGUUCGAAGACGAACAAAACCAGACAAGAAUGCCUCGAUGAAAUCGGCUCGCUCAUUGACCGUUUCGGGGUCAGUGUAUGUCAGCCUUCCGUGGCAACCGCAUUGAAGGCAGUCAGUCAACAGAUUGGAGAUCGAGACAGUGGCGUUCGAUCCGCUGCGUUGAAUGCGCUCGUCUCUGCUCAUGCAAUUGUGGGUGAACAGUUGUGGAAGAUGAUAGGCUCGCUGCCGGACAAAGAUCGAUCUAUGUUAGAGGAGCGAAUCAAGCGUGCUAUGCGCCAACCUGCUGGUGGCUUCAAUGAAGUGCCUGAUUCACGGCCAUCCACUAUGCAGUCGACAAGGGAUCGUCGCGAUCCGUCAGACACUCGGCAGUCGGCUGCUCCGACUCGGGCUCCCCCCAAAUGGACAGAGCCUGUGUCUGCGGCCAAAGAGCGGGCUCGAGCGAUGCUCAGUGAAUUGGGCGAUUUGUCCCCUGAGAAGGCUCCAACACUUCCAGAUCUGAUUCAACUGGAUGCGGACAUUACCGAUUUGUUCAAACCCAUUGAGAUUCCCACUUUUAAGACACAAUCCCGACAGCCUGUGCUAAACGCGCUUCUACGCACUAGUCCUGACACGGCUUCAGCCAUCACGAUGGUUGUCACUGCCAUUUCUUCGAGCGAUCUACUUUCCAGCUGCCACGCUUUGGCCGAGAUCGACAUGGUACUUCGAGAUGAAAAGUGGUAUUUGCUGUUGGAUCACGUGAAUGAGAUUCUAAUGCUCAUCACAAUGCAGUUGAAGCAGGUGACCACGCGGUAUUUCAGCGACCCUUCCGUUUCCGAGGACCAGUUACGCACUCUCAUUCGAUGCCAUCUCUCCACCUUAGAUUCGCUGUUCACCAGGCCCACUCUGGGCCGCGAAGCAUCUAGAGAGAUCUUGCGCGAAUUGAUCCAGUCCCUUCUCCGCCUUAUGCUGGACGAACGCACCGUGGACAUUCCGGAUGGCGAGAACGUGAUCCGCUCGGUCAACUCGCUUUGUGUCCGCAUCAUCUCCUCCGCGAACCACACGCGAGUGCUAAGUGCCCUCAUUCGGUUGCUACACGAAUGUGUCAGCAACAAUGAUUACACCAGUCGAUUCACAAAGUCAGUGAUGAGAAGUUUGUGGCGCAUCACCAAGGGGAUGGAUACCUCAGUUUCCAGCUAUGCUCUAGAUGUCAUCCUUCUGGAUUGUCAUCACUUCUUCAAAGCGUUUCCCUCCGCCUCGUGGAAAACCCGCACUUCCGAUAUCCCCAUUCGGACUGUAAAGACCCUAUUGCAUGUGCUUUGCCAACUGUACGGCUCCUCUAUUCUGGAUUUUAUGGAUAGCAUCCCAAACAAAGAGGAUUCUGAGUUGGAGGCUUAUCUCAAUCGAACACUGAAAGCCCUGAGCAAAGCGCCGUCUGGGGUGCGGGCUCGACGUGGCACCGGGACAGAAAAUCGAGGGGAUGCCGCUAUCCCUACUGCUGCCGCACGGGAGAAGUUAACGGAGAUUUUCAAAAAAAUUGGCUCCAAAAAUCCGGAGCAGGGUUUGAAUGAACUGUACGACUUCACUCAGGAACAUCCAGAGGUGGAUUUAUCACAGUUUCUGUCCAAAAGCAGCGACAUUUUCCAAACCUACGUACGGCAAGCGUUGAAAAACAUUGCGGUGGAGCGUGCUCGUCAAAGUAAACGUGCUUCUUUCGGAGGUGAUGUUGAUCAAUUACGCUCUUCCGUUCCGAGUCGGCUCAACGGAACAAUCUCCGGCUCCGAUUUGGCUCUUCCAGGUGGAGAUAUUGUUGAUCUGCAAUCGGUGGAUCCCAAAAUCUUCAUGAAUCGACUCGCUGUGCUUCGGCGGGAACUAGGCAUGGGAGGUGUCUCGACCACCGAUGUUGUGGAUCAAAGCCCUGGCCUGCUUGGUGACACUCGAUACGAUGUCAAUGAUACAGUGUUGAAAAACGCCGUAGAAAACACACUUAGAGAUCUUGUCAAUCCUUCCCAGGUCAACGCCGGUUCGAACGACUCCAAAGGCGCCCCCAGCCCACCUGACUCCCGUCCCGUAAUAUCCGCUCACGAACUUCUUGACUUCAAACGCCGACUUGAGCGAAUCAAAAGCGGCCAGCCGGUAUGAGGAUGGCAGUCCGUGUAGCUGCUACCUUGCGUCCCACACUGAAUUUUGUUCGUCCCAGCUUCACGGAAACCCUCCCAAAGAUAUGCCUCUAUUCAUCCCACCCUUUUCCCCCCUAAACCCCAUCGAAUCUCUCUCGCUUUGACACCCGCUUGUUACUAUUCUCUCUCAGAUGAACACCGUGCUCUCAGACUCGGUUGCAUCUUCCCUGCUCCAAAUGUACAUUGCCCAUUUCGCAAUUGCAUUUUCGUGCAUUUGCCAAACUUGCUUUUUCAUCGCGGGCAUUCGCUUAAUCUGCUUGGACUGGUAGCCAUUGUGGUGUAGCCCUCCGAAUGUCGCAAACAGCCAAGGUGGGCUUCGAUCAAAUACGUAUUUGACACAAAACGGUGCGUUAUUUAAAUGGUAUGAUACGUCUCAGUUCCGCUGACAUGCUGAUAAUCCCACAGGUUUGAG